UUUGGGGGUUUUUUUAAGUAUGCAGUUACCAUGACAACUUUUACCCACGCUGAAACUCCUUUACUGGGAGUUCCUGGCAUGGCUUCUACUUGCAUGUGCUGUAAGGAGCACUGUUAUUAAACAGAUUGUUAAUUAUUCUUCCAGUCACUUGCUGAGACAACUGAUGUGACAGUAGAUAGAGCUUUCUGAUCCCAGGUGAAAGUGGUCAUGCACAGCUCUAUGCAGCUAAGUUUUCAUGCUCUCUGCUUUUAGGUAUUACUCUUUUAUGUAGAGGGUUUGUGGGGGUUUUUUGGUUUUUUUUUUUUGCCUUAUAACAUGAAGCCAUGCUUAGUUGUUUAAAUUAUCAAGGAACAGAGAAAAAGAGACAUUUGUUUGAUUAUGCCAUAAUUUUUUGGUGACUUUGUAUUGGAUGUCUGCCUCUCACUUUGCAUCUAUUUUGGGCCAUUUAAUAUUGAGAUUUAUGAUUUUCUUUGUGUGUGUUUACUAAUUUUUUAAAAUAAAUUUAAAUCUGUAAAGAGAUGCUUGAUACUGUACCUUGUCCUCUGAAUAAAUAGCAACAAUUAAAAUGUUUUUAGGAUCCAACAUUUAUGUCAUUUCUAUCUGAUACUUGCAAAUUUAUCUUAAAGUGGUUGUUCAAUUUAUUUCUUAUAAAACACAGUAAUGUGUUCAGCUUGUGUUACCAAAGGCUUUAUUAUGAUUCAUGCUAGAAUAUGACAGCAAGAGACAGCAUCUGAUAACUUGGCUUUUCUUUUUUUUUCCUCUUCUUUUCCCUUUUAGGAGUUUCUAUGGGGUACAGAUCAUGCCACUGGACUGCAUUUGGGUAAAGGAUGAGUUCAGUAUUUCUCUGAGGAGUCUUCCAACACAUUUUCUAAAUUACCUUUUAAUGGUGUUCUAAGUGAGCUUAUGUGAAACAAAUAGUAUUGGAUCAUGAGUGAAGAAAAAAACUUUGGUGCAUCCCAGAAAAUGUUGUCUCCUUCAAGAAGCACCAGCAGCUGCUCCUCCAAGCAGGGAAGUCGACAGGACAGCUGGGAAAUUGUAGAAGGACUCCGGGGAGCAAUGAAUUGUACCCAGGAGCCACAGAAGCAGGAGGGAUGCUUGCUGAAAAAGAGGAAAUGGCCUCUGAAAGGCUGGCACAAGAGAUACUUCUUUUUGGACAGAGGGAUUUUGAAAUAUUCCAAAUGUCGAGCUGAUAUAGAGAGAGGAAAACUUCAUGGCUGUAUUGAUGUUGGACUUUCUGUCAUGUCUGUAAAGAAAUCAACAAAAUGUAUAGAUUUGGAUACAGAGGAGCAGAUAUACCACCUGAAGGUGAAGUCUCAGGAGCUGUUUGAUGAAUGGGUAGCAAAACUUCGCCAUCACAGAAUGUACCGUCAGAAUGAAAUCUCCAUGUUUCCUCAUGAUGCCAAUAACAUUUUCUUCCCUGCAUCUACUACUACGGACUCUGUCCCUGGUUUCUGUGAUUCUGCUCCAGGUAGAAAGGCAGGAAGCUUGACCAAACAGAAUUCAACGUCAACUGGAGGUAAUUUGUCAUUUUCUUUUUCGAGUAAUGAGUCUCGGAUUUCAUCUUGGCUGCAGUCUUCUGAAGACAUGGAAAAAUGCUCAAGAGACCUCUCCAACUGUCACACAUAUUUACUGGAAAUGAACCAGCUGUUACAGAGCAUGGAUGUUCUUCACAGGACAUAUUCAGCACCUGCUAUAAAUGCUAUGCAGGUUGGACCUUUUGAAAGCCCAAAGAAGGAAAAGAGAACACACAGGAGGUGGCGAUCCAGAGUUGUUGGGAAAGAGGCUAAAGGAAUGUUACAGGUGCCUUCAGUAUUUUCUGCCCCUAUGAGACUGCAUGCUUCCAAUCCAAACUUAUCUACAAUAGAUUUUGUAGAGGAGAAAAAUUACUCUGAUGGCUCUGAAACAUCAUCAGAAUUUACUAAAAUGCAAGAGGAUUUAUUUCAUGUUGCACAUAAAGUUUACUUCGCUUUGAGGUCAGCUUUCAGCACCAUAUCUACAGAGAGAGAAAAGCUGAAGCAGAUGCUGGAGUACGAUGCAUCCUCAUCUCCAUCUGCACAAAUAGUGGGCUUGAAGAAUGCCUUAACAUCUGCAAUAGCACAAAACACAGAUCUUAAAGACCGGUUACGCAGAAUACAUGCCGAAUCUAAGAUCAUUGAUUCAGCAUCUAAUGCAAAAUCGAGCCCAGAUUUGGCGAAGGAAAAUUCAAGAGAAGAAGGCAGAGGUCUGGUUCACCAGGUCUCCAAUGAAAGCAGACUGUCCAUUGCUGACUCUCUCACAGAAUUUUUUGAUGCACAGGAAGUCCUACUGUCUGCUAGUUCUUCAGAAAAUGAGGUAUCAGAUGAUGACUCAUAUGUAAGUGAUAUCAGUGAUAAUGUUUCAGAAGAUAACCUAAGCAAUGACAUGGAGAAUGAAAGACAGACUUUGGAUUGUAUUUCUGAAAGCGGAAUUGGAUGCAAUUCUAAACGGAGAACAUGUCUACCAGCUCCGUGUCCUAACACAAGUAACAUCAGCCUAUGGAAUAUCCUGAGGAAUAACAUAGGAAAGGAUCUCUCCAAAGUGGCCAUGCCUGUUGAGUUAAACGAGCCACUGAACACCCUGCAGCGCCUCUGCGAGGAGCUGGAGUACAGUGAGCUCCUGGAUAAAGCAGCGCACACACCAAACCCCUUUGAGCGCAUGGUGUACAUAGCUGCCUUUGCAGUCUCUGCCUAUGCAUCCAGUUACUACCGAGCUGGAAGUAAGCCAUUUAAUCCUGUGCUUGGAGAAACCUAUGAAUGUAUUCGUGAAGAUAAGGGUUUCCAGUUCUUUGCAGAGCAGGUCAGUCACCACCCACCUAUUUCUGCAUGCCAUGCUGAAUCUGUGAAUUUUGCUUUUUGGCAAGAUGUCAGAUGGAAAAACAAAUUCUGGGGAAAGUCCAUGGAGAUUGUUCCAGUUGGCACAACACAUGUAACUCUUCCAGCUUUUAAAGACCAUUUUGCCUGGAACAAGGUGACAUCCUGCAUUCAUAACAUCUUAAGUGGGCAAAGAUGGAUUGAACACUACGGAGAGAUCAUCAUAAAAAAUCUCAAUGAUGACACGUGCCACUGCAAGCUGACUUUCAUAAAGGCAAAGUAUUGGAAUCCAAAUGCACAUGAGAUUGAAGGCAGUGUCAUGGAUAAAUCCGGGAAAGUUGUGCAUCGACUCUUUGGGAAGUGGCAUGAAAGUUUAUACUGUGGGACAACUUCAUCUUCAAACUGCAUAUGGAGAGCAAAUCCAAUGCCUAAAGAUUAUGAACAGUGGUAUGGAUUUACACAAUUUGCACUGGAGUUAAAUGAACUGGACCCACAAACUAGGUCAUUACUCCCAUCCACUGAUACACGUUUUAGGCCAGACCAAAGGUGUCUAGAAGAAGGGAAUAUUGAAGGAGCUGAAAUACAAAAGCAGAGGAUCGAGCAGCUACAGAGAGAACGACGGAAGGUGUUAGAAGAAAACAAUCUAGAGCAUCAGCCUAGAUUUUUCAGGAAAUCCAGCGAUGACUCCUGGGUGAGCAAUGGAACCUACAUGGACCUUAGAAAAGAACCUGGUUUUUCCAAACUGGACAAUCCUGUCCUCUGGUGA